CACGCUCCGGCGCGCACACGCGGCGCGCAGGCCGGAGGGAGGAGGCUCGGCGCUGUUCGGCGGCGGCGGCAGCGUGCUCCGCGGGCGGGCGGGAGGGCUGGCGGGCGGCCCCCGCUCCCCGGCUCCGCGGCUAGGUGCAGCCCGCUCGGCCCCCGCCCUCGGACCCGCCCCCGGGGGUCGCCCGGCCCCAUGCCCAGCGGCGGCGGCGGAGCAGCGCGCGGCCGCGGGCGGCUCUGAGGAGCCCGGAGGGAACCGGCGACGAGGGGACCAUGUACCGGGACCCGGAGGCGGCCAGCCCAGGGGCGCCCUCGCGCGACGUCCUGCUGGUCUCUGCCAUCAUCACCGUCAGCCUUAGCGUCACUGUCGUCCUCUGCGGCCUCUGCCACUGGUGUCAGCGCAAACUGGGCAAACGCUACAAGAAUUCCUUGGAGACGGUGGGCACGCCAGACUCAGGGCGUGGGCGCAGUGAGAAGAAGGCUAUCAAUGAUCUAGACAGAGACUUUUGGAAUAACAAUGAGAGCACAGUGCAGCAGAAAUGGAGCUCCUACCCUCCCAAGGAGUUUAUUCUAAACAUUUCACCCUACGCCCCUUAUGGCGACCCACGACUGUCCCUCAAUGGCACCCUCCUGUCGGGCGCCAAAGUGGCCGCCGCGGCGGGGCUGGCGGUGGAGCGGGAAGGCCGGCUGGGGGAGAAGCCGGCACCGGUGCCGCCACCCGGAGAGGACGCCUUGAGAAGCGGCGGGGCUGCCCCCAGCGAGCCGGGCAGCGGUGGCAAGGCGGGGAGAGGCCGCUGGCGGACGGUGCAGAGCCACCUGGCCGCAGGGAAGCUCAACUUGUCCAAUUUCGAGGACUCCACCCUGUCCACGGCCACUACCCUUGAGUCUAUCCCCAGUUCCACGGGAGAGCCGAAAUGCCAGCGACCCCGCACCCUGAUGCGGCAGCAGAGCCUGCAACAGCCGCUGAGCCAGCACCAGCGGGGCCGGCAGCCCAGCCAGCCCACCACCAGCCAGAGCCUGGGCCAGCUGCAGGCCCACAUGGCCUCGGCACCAGGCCCCAACCCCCGGGCCUAUGGCCGGGGCCAGGCUCGGCAGGGCACCUCGGCCGGCUCCAAGUACCGGGCGGCAGGGGGCCGCAGCCGCUCCAACCCAGGCAGCUGGGACCACGUGGUGGGGCAGAUUCGAAACCGAGGCUUGGACAUGAAAUCCUUCCUGGAAGGCCGGAUGGUGGUGCUAUCCUUGGUCUUAGGGCUUUCGGAACAGGAUGACUUUGCCAAUAUCCCUGACCUGCAAAACCCAGGAACCCAGCAGAACCAGAACGCUCAGGGGGACAAGAGGUUGCCUGCAGGAGGGAAGGCGGUGAACACAGCCCCCGUGCCAGGCCAGACACCCCACGAUGAGUCCGACCGCCGGACCGAGCCACGCUCCUCCGUCUCAGACCUCGUCAACUCCCUCACCAGCGAGAUGCUCAUGCUCUCCCCAGGCUCUGAGGAGGAUGAGGCCCACGAGGGUUGCAGCCGAGAGAACCUGGGCCGGAUCCAGUUCAGCGUCGGCUACAACUUCCAGGAGUCCACGCUCACCGUGAAGAUCAUGAAGGCCCAGGAGCUGCCGGCCAAGGACUUCAGUGGCACCAGCGACCCCUUCGUCAAGAUCUACCUGCUGCCCGACAAGAAGCACAAGCUGGAGACCAAGGUGAAGCGGAAGAACCUGAACCCCCACUGGAACGAGACCUUCCUCUUUGAAGGUUUUCCCUAUGAGAAGGUGGUGCAGAGGAUCCUCUACCUCCAAGUCCUGGACUAUGACCGCUUCAGCCGCAACGACCCCAUCGGGGAGGUGUCCAUCCCCCUUAACAAGGUGGACCUGACCCAGAUGCAGACCUUCUGGAAGGAUCUGAAGCCAUGCAGCGAUGGGAGUGGGAGCCGAGGGGAGCUGCUCUUGUCUCUCUGCUACAACCCCUCUGCCAACUCCAUCAUCGUGAACAUCAUCAAAGCCCGGAACCUCAAAGCCAUGGACAUCGGGGGCACAUCAGACCCCUACGUGAAGGUGUGGCUGAUGUACAAGGACAAGCGGGUGGAGAAGAAGAAGACGGUGACAAUGAAGAGGAACCUGAACCCCAUCUUCAAUGAGUCUUUCGCCUUUGAUAUCCCCACGGAGAAGCUGAGGGAGACGACCAUCAUCAUCACUGUCAUGGACAAGGACAAGCUCAGCCGCAAUGACGUCAUCGGCAAGGUCAGCUCAGGACAGACCGCCAGCUGAGCAGGGAGAAAAGGAGUGCAAGAGAGGAAUGGCCUGGAUCUCAAAAGAAAGGUUUACUGGACAGGAUGAUGACGUUGGAGCAGUAUUGCCCGGGGUCCCGUCUGCACAGGGUGAGCUGCGUGGGGCAGUGUUGGGAGCUGCAGUGAGACUCCAAAGACCUCGUUUCAGUUCCCACUCCAUCUGCCGAUAAACAACCAUAUCACCUUGGGCAAGUGGCUUGGCCUCUCCAAGCUUUAGUGUUCUCAUCUGUAAAAUGGAGCAACUAAUACUGUCCCUGUAGAACUUUACAGGGUGGUGUAAGAAUUGCUUGAGGUAUGUGGAUGUUCUUCUUGUAGAAAGUUGGCCGGGCACAGUGGCUCACGCCUGUAAUCCCAGCACUUUGGGAGGCCGAGACGGGUGGAUCAUCUGCGGUCGGGAGUUUGAGACCAGCCUGGCCAACAUGGUGAAACCCCGUCUCUACUAAAAAUAGAAAAAUUAGCCGGGCAUGGUGGCGGGUGCCUGUAAUCCCAGCUACUCAGGAGGCUGUGACAGGAGAAUCCCUUGUACCCGGGAGGCAGAGGUUGUAGUGAGCCAAGAUUGCAAGACUGCACUUCAGCCUGGGCAACAGAGAAAACUCUGCCUGAAAAAAAAAAAAAAAAGUGAUCUCUUCAUAUCACGUAACCAAAAAAUUCAUACCUGACCUUGAGUUUUCCCAGGACGGGAUUCUGUGACAUAAACCCUUCCAUGUUUCUACCUUAAAAUGUCUACUCCUGUGUUUAUUUAUGGUUUAGUGUUGAGAGCAUGGGCUCGGGAGUCAGAUUGCCUGUGUCCAAAUCCUAGCGUUACUUUUUAACGCUGUAACCUCUCUGAGCCUCAUUUUCUCCUCUCAAAAUGAGAGUGGGAUGGUCCUACCCUUACAAUGUGCUGGGAGGAUUAAGUAAGAUCACACAGGUGAGCUGUUUAGCAUAGGACUUGGAACAUAUAUUAGCUAGUAUGAUAAUAAAGGGGCAUGUAUAUCCAUUCAGGCAGGACAGUUUGACCAGGAGUAUGUGAGGAACCAGUGCUCAGGGCAGUCAUGGAGGAAGGGGAGAUGCCAGGAGUGAGUGAGGGGCACAUACCUGGGCAUUACCCUGUGUGGGGGAAAGGGAAAGGGGGACUGGAUACCCACAGGGAAGGGAGCUGAGUUGGAGGCAACCCUCAGACAGAUGGGAAUGGAGAACUCACCUGCUGGGGUGAGGGAAGCAGCCUGGCCUAAAAGAGGAGAGCUUGCCCUGCUUGCCAUCAGGUAUGGCACGGGGAGUAUGACUGGCCAAUCUGUGGUCACAGGUGAGACAACUCCCCAGGACGUUGCCACUCAUACUCCAGAAAAAGUAUGUGGCCCUCCCUGGCCAGGGCUCGGGUCCUGCCAAGCACCCCCUUUGACCAGCUCAGCCCAAAGGCCAAGUGACCAUAUCUCCUUUGAUGUUCUUUCGAAGCUUCGCCUCUUGGUGUCAGAUGUUCCUUAGAUACCAAUUAGAGCUCCUUCUGAAACAGGCCUACCUUCUGUUGGCUGAACCAAAGCAAAUGUGGAUUUGUUCUCACUUUGGUCUGGGAACUUACGGAGCCCAAGGAUCUCUGAAUCCUUCUGACUCCCGGCUCCUGCUCAGCCCCUGGAAGCCAAGAGUCUGCCCCUUGUCUUCCUGGCAUCAUCCAAGGCUAUCAGUAUCAUGCUGGGCUGAGGUUGCAAUGGGGGCAAUCCCAGAGCAGGGCAGGCCCACAGUGGCCCUAGAGCUCCGUGACCUCCGAAUAGUUAACCAGCUCCAGCAGGAUGGAGCCGCUGGCUGAGAGAACUCACCACACAGAGGCAGGCCACUGUUCCCAGCUGAGCACAUGACAUGCACCAUCCCAGCUAUCUGUGAGGCAGGUACAGUCAUCAGCCCGCUUUACAGAGGAAGGUCUGGGGCUAAAAGAAGUUCCACCAUAUGUUACAGAGCUGGAGCUUGCUCCCCAUCCUUUUCAUUUUGUUUUGUUUGGUUUUGUUUUUUGAGAUAGAGUCUCACUCUGUCACCCGGGCUGGAGUGCAGUGGCACAAUCUUGCCUCACUGCAACCUCUGCCUCCUGGGUUCAAGCGAUUCUCCUGCCUCAGCCUCCCAAGUAGCUGGGAUUACAGGCAUCUGCCACCAUGCUGGGAUAAUUUUUGUAUUUUUAGUAGAGACGGGUUUUCACCAUGUUGGCCAGGCUGGUUGAACUCCUGACCUCAAGCAAUCCGCCCGCCUUGGCCUCCUAAAAUGCUGGGAUUAUAGGCAUGAGCCCCUGUGCCUGACCCCCCUAUCUUUUUUUUUUCCAGACAGAGUCUCACUGUAGUCCAGGCUGGAGUGCAGUGGCACAAUCAUGGCUGACUGCAGCCUCGACCUCCCCAGGCUCAUGUGAUCCUCCCACCUCAGUCCCCCAAGUAGCUGGGACUCCAGGCACGUACCACCAUGCCCGGCUAAUUUUUUUGUAUUUUUUGUAAAGAUGAGGUUUCACCAUAUUACCCAAUCUGGUCUCAAACUCCUGGGCUCAAGUGAUUCUCCCACUUUGGCCUCCUACAGUGCUGGGAUUACGGGCGUCAGCCACUGUACUCCUCCACUGAGGCCACAACCAUCCUUUUUAAAAAAAAAAAAAAUACACUGUUUAUUGGCUGGGUGUGGUGGCUCACACCUUUAAUCCCAGCACUUUGGGAGGCCAAGGCGGGCAGAUCACGAGGUCAGGAGUGCGAGACCAGUUUGCCCAACAUAGUGAAACCCAUCUCUACUAAAAAUACAAAAAUUAGCCAGGCAUGGUGGUGGGCGCCUGUAAUCCCAGCUACUCGGGAGGCUGAGGCAGGAAAAUCACAUGAACCCGGGAGGCGGAGGUUGCAGUGAGCCGAGAUCGUACCAUUACGCUCUAGCCUGAGUGACAAGAGUGAGACUCGGUCUCAAAAACAAACAAACAAACAAACAAAAACACUAUUUUUGAAUAAUUUCAGAUUUACAGAAAAGUGGCAAAGAUAGUAGAGAGAGUUCCCAUCUACCCCUUACCCAGCCUCCCCAGUUGUUAGCAUCUCACAUUUGAUGGGACAUUCGUCACAGCUUGAGGAACCAACAUGGGCAGUGCAUUGCUGUGAACUAGACUCCAGCCGUUAUUUGUAUUUCACCAGUCUUUCCGUUAAUGUCCUCCUUCUGUCCCAGCAUCCAAUCCAGGACACCACAUUGCAUUUAAUAGUCAUGUCUCCCCUGUCCCCUCUGGCCCAUGACAGUUUCUCAGUCUUUCCCAUUCUCUAUAUGAUCUUAACGGUCUUAAGGAAUACUGGCCGGGUGUCCUAUAGAAGGCCCCAUGUACCUGUUUUUUCUCCAAUGCUCAUACUCUUAAUCACCCCCAAGUCCCAAAGCUGAGGUCAGCUGGGCCAAUCCUGGGGGUUCCGGAGGGAUUCAUGCAUGCAGCUGCGUGAGGCUGCGAAGCAGGAUUAGGCCGGUAGCAUAGAGCUCCAAAGACCUGGAUUUCAAUCCCUCUGCACCACUUAUAAACCCUGUGACUGUGGGUAAGUCUCUUAACUCUUUGUACCUUAGUUUCCCCAUCUGAAAAAUGGAGAUAAUCAUAUAAUCCUACCUCACAGUUGUACGAUUUGAUGAUCUAUGUGUAUGAAGUCCCUAGCUCAGUACUCACAUGUAGCAAGUGUCCAGGAGUUGAGAAUGAUUAUAAUUCAGGGGGGCUGGACAUCACCCAACAGAUAGGGCAGGGAAGGCCAUGGAGACAAGCUGCCUCCAACCCCACCUUCCAGACCCCACUGCAAAAUAGGUUGGCAGUCUAAUUCCGAGAGGCCUGGCGUGCCCAGGCUUGGGGGUGUGGGGGUAGACAACCAGGAAAAUAGAUCAGGCUGACUGGGGGAGGGAGGAGGGCGCCUCUGUGGGGUAGGUUGUCACAGCAUGUGGAGGCUGGGGGGGCCACAGGCUAGGGUAUCAUGGUGGAGUUGGGGUGUCACCCCUGUGGGGGAAAGGGCCAGUGCCCUGGAGCCUGUGCCGAUGCCAUCGUCUCCCCUUUC